AGGCUGGAACCUGCCCGCCUUCCUCUCCGUCCUCAUUGCCCUGGGGAACAUCGGCCCGGUGAGCGUGGCCCUGGUCCACCGCUUCGCCCCCAAGAGGCUGAAGGAGCAGGGCCUGAUCCACGCCAUCCAGGCCACGGCCAUAGCCACGGCGGUGCUCCUCGCCCUCCUGUGGGACCGCACCGCCCUGGUGGCCGGGGAGCCGCGCAGCGUGGCCUUCCUGGCGCUGGCCUUCCUGCUGGCGCUGGCCUGCUGCACCUCCAACGUCUCCUUCCUGCCCUUCAUGUACCAGUUCCCCCCGCUCUUCAUCCGCUCCUUCUUCAUCGGGCAGGGCCUGAGCGCCCUCCUGCCCUGCGUGCUGGCCCUGGGGCAGGGCGUGGGGCAGCUGGAGUGCCUCAACAACACCUGGGGGAACGCUUCCCAGCCCCGCUACCUGCAGGAGAACUUCUCCGCCGGCACCUACUUCUGGCUGCUGGUGGCCCUCCUGGCGCUCUCCGCCCUGGCUUUCCUGGCGCUGGUGCUCUGGCAGGGCCGCCAGGGGCCCCCGGGAGACGGGGCCCCUCCCGAGGAGAGGAGGGACCCGGAGGAGGAGGAGGCCUUCCCCUUGCGUGACGACAGCGACCAGGCCUUGCGUGGCGGCACUGCCGAGGGGGCCCCCCGUGGCAGGGACCCGGCCCCUCCCCUGAGCUUCUGGACGGGCAGGAACCUCUACCUGCUGGGCCUCCUGGGGGUCUCCAACGCCCUGACGAACGGGGUGCUGCCCUCGGUCCAGAGCUACUCCUGCCUGCCCUACGGCAACACCGCCUACCAUCUCUCGGUCGUCUUCGGCAACAUCGCCAACCCCGUCGCCUGCUUCGGCGCCAUGUUCCUCCUGUGUCGGUCAUCCCUGGUCCUCAGCCUCAUCUCAGCCGCCGGCUGCGUCUUUGGGGUCUACCUGAUGGUGCUGGCGGCCCUCAGCCCCUGCCCCCCACUGCUAGGCAGCCACGCGGGGGUGGCUCUUGUGGUGA